AUGGAGCAGACUUUCAUCAUGAUCAAGCCCGACGGCGUCCAGAGAGGCCUGGUAAACCCCAACCCCCGUCUCUGCAAGGAACAACCCCUACGUGCUUGUCUUUAUCUCGCGAUCGGUUUCGUCUCCGGGUUACUGGAACCGUCUCUGAUCAUCGGUUUCGUGUUUGCAAUUUCUCUUCUGCAGAUCGGGGAUAUCAUCAGCCGAUUCGAGAAGAAAGGGUACUACUUGAAGGGGAUGAAGUUUAUGAAUGUGGAUAAAUCCUUCGCGCAGCAGCACUAUGCCGAUCUCUCUGCCCAGCCCUUCUUUGCCAAGUUGGUGGAUUACAUCAUUUCCGGCCCUGUUGUGGCCAUGGUGUGGGAGGGGAAGGAUGUUGUCUUGACUGGCCGCAGGAUCAUCGGGGCCACCAGGCCUUGGGAGGCGGCUCCCGGCACCAUCCGUGGUGACCAUGCUGUGGAGGUUAGCAGGAAUGUGAUUCAUGGAAGUGAUUCUGUGGAGAACGGAAAGAAGGAGAUCGCUCUGUGGUUCCCAGGAGGCUUAGCCGAAUGGAAGAGCAACCUCCACCCUUGGAUCUACGAGAACUGA